AUGAUUAGAAUUCUCGACAGGUUUUGUCUUGGAAAACCCUUCAAGGCAUGCUCCUACAGCAUAAUAUACGAAGCAGCGGAUCUACGCAUUCAGAAGUCAUGUCUCUGUAAGGUUUAUGAGUACGGUCGGCUGUCUCCACAUGAGGCCGCUGUGCUCCACAGAGAGGUUGCUCUAAUUAAGCGGCUUCGACACCCUCUGCUUGUUCAUUAUCUCAGCGUGUUGCAUGAUCGUGCUGGUCAACGUUACUUCCUGUUUAUGGAGCAAGUUAAGCAGGAGACCCUGAGUCAAUACAUCAGACGCCGAAAGGCUCUGGAUCGGGGCUCGCACCUUCCAGAACGGAGCGUCUGGUAUAUACUAUCUCAGUUCAUUGAUCUUCUAUCUUAUCUACACGAUGUUGGGCCCAAUCAUGACCAGGCUUUACUUUAUGCAUUGACACCAGAAUCUAUCUUUAUCGAUAACUUAGAUAUCAUUACUGUGAGCUUUCUGAGUCUCUCCCGCAAGCUCAUGUAUUACAAGUGCUUUCCUGUGCACACAGCAGAGUAUAGAGCACCGGAGCUACUGCGGACAGGGGUUGCUACUACAAAAUCUGACAUUUGGUCUUUGGGUUGCAUAAUAUAUGAACUCUGUACGUUUAGGCCUUUCUGUCUUGCACUAAACCCAAUGGAUGCCUUACAAAAGCUAGGAAAGCUGCAGAGAAAGGUGCAGAUGCCCCUGUACUCCACUAGUUUGACGUCUAUAAUAAACACCUUCCUAGAACUAGAGCCUGAAUGCCGCCUAGCAGUUGAUGUGCUAUCUGUUAACGGAAUUAUUCGCGAAAUGAUUCAAUCAUAUAAGGCUCGCUUGGGGACUUACGGGCUUACAGAAGAAGAGGAAAAGGAAGAAGAGCUACAGCCACAGGAUGCUCAGUUUUGUAGUGUUCAUGCAGACGAUGAUUCGUCCAUCAAUCUCUUGUGCACGCAAGCAAGCAUUGAAAGCCACGAGUCUUCCGAGCUUGCAAGUGCUUCAGCUGGCUCUGCUGCGAACAUCAAGGCUCACUACGUGGCGCGUUACAAUGAUAUUCUGCUUCUUGACUUUGAAGAGAAGCGUGGUUGCUCUAUUCUUGAUGAUAGCUUACUGAUCAACAAGCAGCAAUCGCAUGCAUUAAAGCAUAAACGACAAAGGAAGCAGAGCCCUAGUCAUCUUAGACCAAUCGUACAGGACUUCGUUCAAGAUAAAGAGCAGCAUAAAAUUCAAUCAUGUAGCUCUGCCGAUGAUCACACUUUGCAAGCCAUACGUCAAUCUAAUACUAUGGCCUAUUUUGAUGGUGGCCAGGAUAACCAUACUAGAACAAUAGAACAAGACAACAAUUCUGCUCAAGCAUCGCCUAUCUUGAAAAGAAAUUGGCUUGAUUCUUCUGUAUUUAGUGUCAAAACACCAUAUAUGUCUCAAUUCGUCGAUGAUGCUAUCCAAAAUGAGUAA